GGCGGAAGAGGCCGGCAGGAACGCCCGCCAGUUAGGGGCCCUGAAAGCCUUGGGAAGGGCUAACCCGCCGGGCGACCUGGGACCAGAAAAAGAGCACCACGACCCCCCAACUCAGCCACGGAGCCGCUGGAGUCAGCGCGACUCCCAUACUCAGCCACAGAGCCGCGGUGCAAGGCUCGCUGUGAUUUCAAAGACUUGCUGAGCGCUCAAGUCCUUGCCAUUCCCAGGCAUGCAAUUCGGGAAAGAGAGGCACACAGUUACUCCGCGGUCGUUAUGACCUCCCGGUUACGUGCGCUGGGUGGAAGAAUUAAUAAUAUACGAACCUCUGAGUUACCCAAAGAGAAAACUCGAUCUGAGGUCAUCUGCAGCAUACGCUUUUUAGAUGGCUUGGUACAGACCUUUAAAGUUAAUAAACAAGAUUUGGGCCAGUCCCUUCUGGAUCUGGCAUACGGUCACCUGGGCGUAGCGGAGAAGGAGUACUUUGGCUUGCAACAUGGAGAUGACCCAGUGGACUCCCCUAGAUGGCUCGAGGCAAGCAAACCCCUGAGGAAGCAGCUGAAAGGAGGUUUCCCCUGUACCCUGCAUUUUCGAGUAAGAUAUUUUAUACCUGAUCCCAACACACUGCAGCAGGAGCAAACCAGGCACUUGUAUUUCUUACAACUGAAGAUGGAUGUUUGUGAAGGAAGGUUAACCUGCCCUCUCAACUCAGCGGUGGUUCUAGCAUCCUAUGCAGUACAAUCUCAUUUUGGAGACUUUAAUUCUUCCAUACAUCAUCCAGGCUAUCUUGCCGACAGCCAGUUCAUACCCGAUCAAAAUGAUGACUUUUUAAGCAAGGUGGAGUCGCUCCAUAAACAGCACAGUGGGCUAAAGCAGUCAGAAGCCGAAUCUUGCUACAUCAACAUAGCUCGGACCCUUGACUUCUACGGAGUGGAGCUUCAUGGAGGCAGGGAUCUGCACAAUUUGGAUCUAAUGAUCGGAAUUGCUUCUGCGGGCAUUGCAGUAUACCGGAAAUACAUUUGCACAAGUUUCUACCCUUGGGUGAACAUACUCAAAAUUUCUUUCAAAAGGAAAAAGUUCUUCAUACACCAGCGGCAAAAACAGGCUGAAUCCAGGGAACAUAUUGUGGCCUUCAACAUGCUAAAUUACCGAUCUUGCAAAAACUUGUGGAAAUCCUGCGUCGAGCACCAUUCAUUCUUUCAGGCAAAAAAGUUACUACCUCAGGAAAAGAAUGUUCUAUCUCAGUACUGGACUCUAGGCUCCAGGAACCCUAAAAAGUCUAUAAAUAACCAAUAUUGCAAAAAGGUGAUCGGAGGGAUGGUGUGGAACCCAGCCAUGCGGAGGUCCUUAUCGGUGGAACGGCUAGAAACCAAGAGCCUGCCUUCCCGCUCCCCUCCCAUCACUCCCAACUGGCGAAGUCCUCGGCUCCGGCAUGAAAUCCGCAAGCCCCGCCAUUCCUCUGUGGACAACCUGGCGAAUGAGAUGACCUACAUCACAGAAACCGAAGAUGUGUUCUAUACCUACAAGGGAUCCCUGUCCCCCAAAGACAGCGAUUCUGAAGUUUCCCAGAACCACAGCCCACACCAAGAGAGUCUGUCUGAAAACAACCCAGCCCAAAGCUGCCUGACCCAGAAGUCAUCCAGUUCUGUGUCUCCGUCUUCAAAUGCUCCAGGCUCCUGCUCCCCAGAUGGAGUUGACCAGCAGUUCUUAGAAGACUACCACAAGGUGACCAAAGGGGGCUCCAUCGAAGACGCCAGCCAAUACUACUGUGAUAAGAAUGAUGAUGGUGAUGGCUACCUAGUCCUGAUCCGUAUCACACCAGAUGAAGAUGGAAGAUUCGGGUUCAAUCUUAAGGGAGGAGUGGAUCAAAAGAUGCCUCUUGUGGUCUCAAGGAUAAACCCGGAGUCACCUGCGGAUACCUGCAUGCCUAAGCUGAACGAAGGGGAUCAGAUCGUACUGAUCAAUGGCCGGGACAUCUCAGAGCACACUCAUGACCAGGUGGUGAUGUUCAUCAAAGCAAGUCGGGAGUCCCACUCGAGAGAACUGGCCCUGGUGAUCAGGAGGAAAGCUGUUCGAUCACUGGCAGAGAUCAGAUCAGAAGAUGAGCUGAGUCAGCUUUUCCCAGAAGCCAUGUUUCCUGCAUGUCCUGAUGGUGGGAACAGUCUGGAGGAAUCCAUGGAGCUACUAAAGAAAGGUCUGGAAAGCGGUACAGUGCUGAUCCAGUUUGAGCAACUCUACAGAAAGAAGCCGGGCUUAACCUUCACAUUUGCAAAGCUGCCUCCGAAUUUGGAUAAAAACAGAUACAAAGAUGUGUUGCCAUAUGACACUACUCGGGUAUUAUUGCAGGGAAAUGAAGAUUAUAUUAAUGCGAGUUAUGUGAACAUGGAGGUUCCCACUGCUCAGCUUGUGAACAAGUACAUCGCCGCUCAGGGACCGCUGCCACACACCUGUGCACAGUUUUGGCAGGUCGUCUGGGAUCAGAAGUUGUCUCUCAUCGUCAUGCUGACGACGCUCACAGAGCGAGGGCGGACCAAAUGUCACCAGUACUGGCCCGAUCCUCCUGACGUCAUGGACCAUGGCAUCUUUCACAUCCAGUGUCAGGCCGAGGAUUGCACCAUUGCUUACGUGUCCCGAGAAAUGCUAAUUACAAACACUGAGACUGGGGAAGAACACACAGUGACCCAUCUUCAGUAUGUCGCAUGGCCUGACCACGGCGUGCCCGACGACUCCUCAGACUUCUUGGAGUUUGUGAAGUACGUGAGGUCCCUGAGGGUGGACGGUGAGCCUGCCCUGGUUCACUGCAGUGCUGGAAUAGGUCGAACAGGUGUGUUGGUCACCAUGGAAACAGCCAUGUGCUUAAUUGAGAGGAACCUGCCUGUUCACCCACUGGAUAUUGUCCGGAAAAUGAGAGACCAGCGCGCCAUGAUGGUACAGACAUCAAGCCAGUACAAGUUUGUGUGUGAAGCAAUUCUUCGAGUGUAUAAAGAAGGCUUAGUCCAGAGGCUGGAUCCCAGUUAGGACAACUGUGAAGUGUUCAUUCCUCCUCCCCUAGGGCGACUUCCUGAAGAAGGGGACACACAUUGCCCUGGAGGCCCCCAGAGAUGCUGGUCACUGGGAAAGGAAUGAGCUCAUUUGAACCCUGGCACUUUAAAUUUCUGUGGAAAAGAUACCCUGUACAUAGGAACUGAUGAUGUAGACAUGCAUGCAGCUAUGACUUCUUUGGGCCCAGAGAGAUAAGCAAACAGGGGAUCUCCAUUUGGGGACUGUGUCUCUCCCUACAUAUCACCAUCUCCUGUCAGCCAUCCUCGAGCAAUGAGAGGGGACGCCAGCGGUGCUGUGGAUGCCCUCCCGCCAGAAGCCAGACAGCAUGGCUGCUUGUGGUUGCUCAGGUGUUUUGUGUGUUGAUCUGUGUGGGACUCCAAGGGCUGAACUUCCUUGGCAGUUGGCAUCCAUUACCCCCGACACUAGGGAAAACUCAGAUGAAUGUACCACAGGUGGGGCACAAGGGACAACAGGCUGGAGGAUGAACAGGGUCUAUUCUGCCCUCCUUCCCUCCCUCCCUCUGCCUCAUCUCUACUCCUUCUGCGCUCAUGUUCCAAAGCACCCCAUUUCCCACCCAUGCAUUCCUUUUCUUCAGGAUCACACCCAGUGCCUGAACCAGUUUCAGAAUCAAUGUUCAGGUGAAUUCUCAGCCAAGACUGGGAACUAGAUUCUCUGCAUAAUGCUGAGUCUUAGCUUUAGACGCAGACGAGCCUCUGCUCACCCCUUACUGUGUACUCAGACGCCAUGACUGGAAUCGCCAACUACUGAAUCUAUGUGGACUGCUGCUACUUCAAGCUCUCACACUUGAAACAGGACAGUUUUCCUGGGGGUGGGGGAUAAAAGCAUCCGAAUAUUCAGAAUUUUGGACCCUUCUGAGAAAUGACCUUCUAGUAAGUGACCAUAAGAAACACUGCUUCUCAAGGGUGGUGUGUGUGUGUGUGUGUGUGUGUGUAUGUGUGUGUGUGUGUAUGAUGGGUGACUUUCUCAGGAUUCCUAACUUGAUUAAAAAUACUGUUGAGUUUAUAUAAAGAAUGAGUCUCUGUAUGGAAGAACAAAUGUGUUCAUUUACCCUUGGCUACAAUGGUCUCCAUUUCAUUUCAAAGGAGAGAAUCAGACUAUCUGGAUAUAAAGACAAUUUGAUGUUAAUUUAUUCUAAAUACUCCAGGAUUUUGAUUGUCCUAAAGAAUUCUGCUCUGUGAAUACCAUGUUAAUUUUUUUUUAAAUUUGUGGCAGGAUUGUAGCGAAUUAUUAUUUAAGGAAAAUAAAUUACAUGAAUGCUUUAAGAUGGUAUUUUAAAAUAGCCGUGUUUAUGUAUCCAGAAGAAUGCCAGCAGGUUUCUUAAUGGUAUUAUGAGAAAAGGAUACUUUGUUAUUAUCAUGUAAGUAGAUAAAGCUACAUAGAUAUUUAGCAGGCACUGGACCAGUUAAAGCAUUUCCUAGUUGCAAGAUGGGUAAGGACCUGUGCAAAGGAGCCCAGGUUUCUGAAGUUUCCUUGUCUGUAGGCUCAGCUUAUCUGUCUACUUCCCUCCUGCCUAUCUUUUACCCACACACAUCCUACUACUCAGUGACUUGAGUGGGAAGGUACAAUGUCCAGUGCCCUGUACUGGCACUGUAUAAUGAGAAACUGGGAUUCAGUUCUCCACACUGCUCAACACUAAGUAACCCUCAGCCUUGGAAGCUGGGAUCUGUGCCUCUGUUUCCUUCUGUGUAAAAUAAAGAGAGACAACACUUGGAACUUGAGGACAAAAUGAGAUCACAUUAUGGAAACUAAUUUCCAGCCACUAGAGGCCUAGGGAGGCUAUCUUCUGUGGUUGGCUUCAAAUGCAUCAGACAAAUGGAACCCAUAGGAUUUUCAUAGGACAGUGUUGUCGAGGGAAAAAGUACCAAAGGCAGAGGACAGAUACCUUUUUUCAACCUGGAUUCUGAGAACCUCAGCCUAGCACCAAAAGGAGGAGCAGAAAAUGCUGGGUAAAAUUCAGUGGUAUGAGGCUGCUUUAACAAGUCAUCAUUGUUUGAUAGAAAUGUUUAUUGCCAUCCUGUGUGCAAAGCAUUUUCGGAGUCUAAAUGUCCUUGGAGACAGUUUUAUUAUUUUCUAGAAACAAGUUGUUGAGUGUGGUCAUGAAAAUGCUGCUGUUACACUUACAUAAUAUUCUGUGAAGCUUGAAAAGGCUGCAGCUGGCCUCUGUCUCUGCCACUGUAUGGGGCCAGCAGUCCAGACACUGCAGAUGUAAACAGAGUCCAUGGGAUCCUGGGAAGGACAAGAAAACAAAAUGAUCUCAAGGAGCAGAAUGCAAUGCCCAAGUGAACUGGAUCAAAUUACCAAUUAAAAACUAAACUUCUGAGCUCCUAUUUUCCUGUACCCACACUUCUACAGUUGCUCUUAAGAAACCAUGUUUCAAAAAAAGAAAGGAAAAAAAACUAUGUUUCAUCCUAAGAAUCACAUCAGAAUCAGGCUAAGUAUUUUGCCUGGGAAAUUUGACUGGAUAUGAAUGGAGUAUAUUCUUAUAUCCUACAUUCUAGCACUUUCCAGAACAUAUUAGACAGCCCAGGGUGCUGACUUCAUCCAAGUGGUUCCCUGCUAGAACCCACACCUACUGUUUUGAUUUUUUGGAAAGAAAAAUUAAGUGAAGUUUGUCUAGGGGUAGGAGACAGGGUGAAUGGAUCUCCAACUUGUGGUAUUUUUAGCUGCCUCCAAGGGUCACAUUGGUACCUAAAUAUGUAUUGAGACUUGUUAGAUUCUCUCACCACUGUGUUCCCACACACCUUUAUCCUUUGUAAGUAUCACUUUGGGAGCAGCAAGUAGCCUCCCCAUCCCCCAAAGGGAACAAAGAGGCAGGCCUAGUCCACACCUGGCGUUACCCUCAGCCCUCAGUUUGUCUAUUUCUUUUUUGUUUGUUUGUUUUUGUUUUUGUUUUGUUUUGUUUUGUUUUUUUAUGUUGAGAGGGACUGAUGAUUGGGUGGACUUGAUGAGCUCACAAUGAUAUUUCAGGGAAACAGAAUUUAACCUUAACCAAAUCUGAAGGGCUGACAGAGAAACGUAGGCCAUGCCUGUGACUUGUCUCCAAGAGAUUGACUCAGCCCUUGUCACUGUGGAUAAAGAUAAAGAUCGUUCACCCUCCUUGUUUGUAUCUGUCCUCCUAGAGCAGACUUAAUAAAGAUGGCAAAGCCCUGUGGCCUCAGCCUGAGGAGUCAAACCUCAGAGCCUGGGGAUAGCUCUGGAGCAAACAAAGGAUUGUGCUAAGCCAUAUUUUGUAAAGUAUCUUAGUCGAUCAAUAUGUGUUUCUGUAAAUUUGGAAUGUUUUUCAUCCUGACUUGUUGUCAGAGACUCUACUGAAAAGCAGUUUGAUCAAUAUAAAAACAUUCAAAGCUAUGCAACACUA